AUGGGCUGUUUGGGCAGUGCCAGGUGGGCUCCAUGCAGGACAGGCCCUACUUCCAGGUCACCUCUCCUGUGCUCCAGCGUCUGCAGGAUGUCUUGCGGCAUCUCAUGGCACAAGGGCUCUCGUGGCAGGAUGGCAUCACCCAGUAUGUGAUCUCGCAGGAGAUGGAGCGCAUCCCCCAGCUCCGCCUGCCGCCCUCUCUGGAGCCAGCAGCCAGGGACAGGUUCCUGCCUCUCCGUGGUGAGCCCCGGCGAGCUCCAAUCCCCCCAGAUCCUGGCCUGCCAGCAGCUCAGCAUCUGGGGCAGCCCCCACCACUACUGCCUUCCCCACUGGUGCAGCGGUACCUGGAGCACCUCCUGCUGUCCUCUCCAUCCCAGAUGGGCUAUGAGGAGGCUCUGCUCAACCCCUACUCCUACCACAAGUUUGGCUAUCAGGAUGGUGCUCACCAGCACUCCAGCAGCUCAGCCAGGCAGAGCUCCGAGACUUCCUUGCUGCUGGGCCGGGUCCCUGCCCAGGCCCUUUUUGGGGCUGGCCCUGUGCCCUCGUAUGACGCUGCCCUGAAGAGACUGGCCUCCCUCCUGGCCAGCUAUGGCCUGGGGCUGCCAGAGCUGAGCCCCCAGCAGCUGAGCAGCCUCUCCACCCUCCUCCAGCUGCUCCAGAGCUCUGGUGUUGCUGGCCCUGAAGUGUCCACAGCGAAACGGGUGUCAGAGGGGGACAUGCAGCACGGAGAGGAGCCAGUGCCCCCUUCCUCCACAGUGCCACCCUUCAAAAUCCCAGCCAGCAGCUCCCCAGAGGACGGGCUGAAGAGCAGGGCAGCAUCCACACCAAAUCCCCAGGCCGAGCCACAGCGGAAACACGGUGGGGAUGCACUCAGCCCUGGGAAGCAGAUUGUGGCGAAGAAAAGCUACACAGGGACGAAGGACAGUGGGAUACAGCAAGGCCUCCGGCCACCAGACGAGUAUGGCUACAUCAUCACAGAUCAGAAGCCCCUGGGGUUGGCUGCUGGAGUGCGGUUGCUGGAGCUCCUUGCCAAGCACCUCCACCUCUCCACCACCAGCUUCAUCAACAUCAGUGUUGUGGGUCCUGCACUUACCUUCCGUAUCCGACAGAACCCCCAGAACUUCUCGUUGGCAGAUGUGGCCAGCCAGACUGAGCAAGUGAAGGCAGAGCUGGAGCACGAGCUGGGCCUGAAGAUCGUACAAACAGGAGUGGGAGAGCGAAACGAAGCUGCUGCCUACUCACACCCAUCCCGCUUCGGGGACAGCUUCCACUCGGUGCUGCUGACCUUCAUCGCACUGGCCUGUGUGGCAGGCAUUGCCAUUGCUGUUGCCGCGGCCUUCUGCCUCCGACGCCAUGCCAAGCAGCGUGAGAAGGAGCGCCUGGCUGCCCUGGGGCCUGAGGGUGCUGCCGACACCACCUUUGAGUACCAGGAGCUGUGCCGCCAGCACAUGGCUGCCAAGUCUCUCUUUGGCCGUGCCGACGCACCAGCAGCACCAGCGGAGACCUCACGGGUCAGCAGCGUCUCGUCCCAGUUCAGCGACGCCCCACAGCCCAGCCCCAGCUCCCACAGCAGCACACCCUCCUGGUGCGAGGAGCCUGUCCAGUCCAAUAUGGACAUCUCCACUGGACACAUGAUCCUGGCCUAUAUGGAGGACCACCUCCUGGCCAAGGAGUGGCAGGCACUCUGUGCAUACCAGGCUGAGCCCAGCAUCUGCUCCAUUGCCCAGGGUGAUGCCAACCUGAAGAAGAACCGCAACCCCGACUAUGUGCCCUAUGACCAUGUGCGGAUCAAGCUGAAAGCCGAGAGCAACCCAUCCCGCAGCGACUUCAUCAAUGCGAGUCCAAUCAUUGAUCAUGACCCACGGAUGCCAGCGUAUAUUGCCACGCAGGGGCCACUGUCCCACACUAUCGCUGACUUCUGGCAGAUGGUGUGGGAACAUGGCUGUACCGUCAUUGUCAUGCUGAGCCCUCUGGCUGAGGACAGUGUCAAGCAGUGUGACCGCUACUGGCCAGAUGAAGGCUCCUCUCUCUACCACAUCUAUGAGGUGAACCUGGUGUCAGAGCACAUCUGGUGUGAGGAUUUCCUGGUGCGCAGCUUUUACCUGAAGAAUGUGCAGUCGCAGGAGACUCGUACCCUGACGCAGUUCCACUUUCUCAGUUGGCCAGCCGAGGGCAUCCCCACCACCACCCGACCCCUCCUCGACUUCCGCAGGAAGGUGAACAAGUGCUACCGGGGUCGCUCUUGCCCUAUUAUCGUGCACUGCAGUGAUGGUGCAGGCAGGACCGGAACGUACAUUCUUGUUGACAUGGUCCUGAACCGUAUGGCCAAAGGAGUGAAGGAGAUAGACAUAGCUGCUACACUGGAGCACAUCCGAGACCAGCGGCCUGGCAUGGUGCAGACCAAGGACCAGUUUGAGUUCGCACUGACAGCCGUGGCCGAGGAAGUGAAUGCCAUCCUGAAGGCACUGCCGCAGUGAUGGAGCCCUCACCUUUCGUCUGCCCCCAUGCCUCUGCUUUGUGCAAUCCUCACCCUGCCUGUGGGGCUGCUCUCCCUGUACAGUGCUGUCUGUGUGCUUCUGCCUCUCUCCCCCCUCCCCCCACGCCCCCCCCGCCUGUCUCCCCAAGGACACCAGCCUCAGGACCUCUGUGUGCAGGACUCCCAUCAUACCUGCUGCCACUGCAAGAGGGGACAGGACUCAUGUCCCCUCUCCGCUGUGGAGGAGG